UUCAGUGAAGACGUAUGUGUCGUAUGUGCAUCGCGACAGUUUUACGGUUUUUCCAAGUUUCCUAGACACCUUCCCACUAUACCGUGUUCCGCGCAGAGCCCCAAUUUAUCCAGAACAUACGAUUCAAAUGUAGAUACAAAUUGCUAUCUUUUACCGUUCAGUGCAUUUAACAAUCACGAUCACGAUUCUCGAUCUCGAAAAAAGUAUCUCUCUUCGAGACCAUCCAUCCAGAAGCCCUCCGAGAGCGGUUCGUGUGAUGCUAGAUCGAUCGGCGGAGUACCGUGCCUAAAGCAGCAUUCGACCGUUGCAAUUGCAGCCCCAUACACACAUUCACAUCCUCCCCUGCAUUUGCAGUGCUGCAUUGCAUUGCAGCCAUCGAAGUGCCUCUGCUGCUGCGCUGCCCCUUUCGCCUUGAGUGUUUUGUGAGUUGCGCGCGCGCGUAACCCGCAUUAACCCCCCGGUCUAAGAACAGUGCAGUGCAUUUACUUCCGGUACCGUGUUGUGAGACUUUGCAGUGUGAACGCGACCCAGCGAAAGCAUGAUGCUGGUGCAGUGAUACAAUCCUUACAAAGUCGAAAUCGUCGAACUGUGUCGUUGAUUUUUGUGGCAAAUGUUGUCCGUGAUCGCGCACCACCAGUACCACCCCGUAACGUCUUGCCAUUCAGCAGUUUCUGCGCAGAGUUGCAGCAUCUGUUCUGUUCCUACUGUGAUCGUAGCGGAGAGAGGGAGAGAGAGAGAAGAAAGGGGCAGGAAGUGGUGUAAUUGAACGACAAAUUCCGGCAUUCCACCAGAUGUAACUGUGACGCACGCCGUCCGUUAAGCGAUGAAAGUGAACCCUGCCGGAUAUUAGGCUGUAGCAACUAGCAAAAAAAGCGCGUACACAAACUAAUCGUCAGCCAACGUGCAAACGUGCUCAGAAGUGUUGCCAAGAUGUCGGCAGUGCCGGUGGUUUGGUGUUCGGAUCCGAACUCGUCGGAGAAGAAGCAACCGUUCGCGCUGCAGGGCAUCCAGCUGCAGGGUAACAUCACGGAGAAGCAUGUGCUCGCGAUGAAGGAGCUGAUCAGUGCGGCGUCGGAAGGUCGGCUGCUGCUACCGACCGACGGUGCCAUUGUCCUGCUCGACUGUGGUCUCAGCAUCGGCAGCAUGGUGAUCGAGGGUAAGGCGGGCAAGGAGGUGUCGGUGGCCACUGCCGGUGCCGGUAAUCAUAAAUCAAUGCUACCGUACAGUCCGCCACCAUCGUCAUCGCCCGCCAAGAUCUCCAAUCAUUGUGAUCCAUCAGCGCCAUCCAUCGGCGCUGGUGACGCCUCGGUCACGGACAGUAAUCAUAGUGGUGGCAGCAGCGAUGAGUCGGAUAGAAUAGCCAAUAGCCGCCAGCUGGUGGUCAGCGAUGGUGGUGGUGGUGAUGGGCGGCGAUUACAGCGGCUCGAAGCGACCGAGCGGUUGCGAGUGUUGCUCGAGCAGCAGCUGGGUUGUGGGGCGGCCGCGAGGAGGGACAAUGAUCCGGAUGAAACUGCCGAACCAACGGUACAUCAGCAACAGGAGGAUGACGCUGGUGGUGGUGGUGGUGAAGAAGAGUCUGAUGAACAGCAAGAACUGAUCAGCAGCAGCGAGAUCGGGAAGGAGCAGCAUAACUUAAGCAACACAAGAAGAGAGGAGGAAGACUGCGAACCAGCAGAUGAUGUUGGUGGUGAUGGCGAUGAUGAUGAUGAGCUGAGUCCCUCGCUUGGUGCUAAUACCGUCCCCGAUCACUCACUGGUCACCGGUGGCCCGGGUGGCCCAGAGCUACUGUACGAGUUCCUGUGCUGUGCCAAGUGUAUGAACGAUCCGACGUCGAGCUGCUCGAAUCUACCGAGCACCCGGAGCCGCAGCAUGACCGCACUCAACAACAGCUCGAAACUGUUGUCGCGCGUCCUGAACGGACGGGCGAAGGCACGGCUUUACUGUGACCCCGUGUACAGCAUCUCGAACCUUUACUUCAAGCGCUUCAUGAACUACCGGGUCGCCAAAAGCCGGCCCGACGUUUACCGGCGUCCCGUUACGCGCAAGGGUUCCGGUCGCAGUGACCGAUCGGUGGUUGAUUCGUCCGCCGACCUGCCGGAGAACACACUGGCGCCCGUUGGUGGCGGCAAGAACAAGAAACAUCUGGUCGAUGGUGGCGCCGUACCACUGUACGCGACGGUCAACAAGAAGCUGAAGCUGAAAUCCCGGCUCGAUGCACUCCGCCGGAGUGGUAAUUUGAUCGAUAGUUGGGCCGGAUUGCCGGUCGCCAGCAAUCGAAGACUUCGCGGCCGGUCAGUCGAACCGUCCAUCAAGCCAAGUCCUGCGACGGUGCGGGGCCGUAAGCAGAACGUUGUGCUGUCGAACCUCGCAAUGCCCGGCCUGGUGCAACAGAUCGGUUCACUGCAAUCGGAAGCGGCCAAUCAUCAUCCUUCGUCUACGGGGCCGUCACCACCGUUACCCCUACCGCCCGAUAUUCUAGUGACUGGUCCGGGGCAAGCAG